UCCACGCCCGUUUCCGCGCCCGUUUCCGCGCCCGUUUCCGCACACCGGAUAGUUACCUAUAGACUAUAGUACCUAGCGAGCACUACGUCCCGUCCCGGCACGCCCACGCCAUCCGCAUGCCGCCCAGCACCAGCGCCUCGGGCGCCUUCACGCCUCCCGCAUCCGACACCGACUCCGGCGGCGUAUCAGCCGCCUCAUCAACACUGCCGCUUACACACCCACACCAGCCACCGACGACCGCGGCCGCGCCCUCGCCCGCGUGGUACACCCGCUACUUCCUUGCGACGAUAUCGUGGCUGCGCGGGCCGACGCCGGCGGUAGACAUCGCGUUCCGGCCGCUGUUUCCACGGGUGCAGGCGUGGCCGGCGCGGACGUUCCAGCGGACGCUGAAGAGGAGAAGGGCCCAGCUCGCGGCGCUCACGGCGUUCCUGCUGGUGUGGACGCUCCUGUUUGGUGUGGUCGUGCAUUACUCCCGCUUUGCGGAUACGGUCGAGGGCGUGGUGCCCAUGCAUCUCGGGUGUGGGGCUUCGUUGUGGGCUAAGAACAACCUCUGCGGCCUCGACGGCGAGGCUUGUCUGCCGUUUUCAAAUAGUUCUUUCGCGUUCCGCUGUCCGUCGGAUUGUGUGUCCGGUGGGCAGGUGCUGAAUCCGCGGGCGGUCGGGGACCAGGUGGUGGCGUACCGCACGUUCGUGGUCGGCGGCGGGAACGACGACGGCACCUACGGAACUUACCGCGCCGACAGCUUCAUCUGUCCAUCCGCGGUGCACGCGGGCGUGUUCCCGUCGCACUACGGCGGCUGCGGAGUACUGGUGCGGACGGGUGAGGCGUCCUCAUUCCCGUCGACGAAGCGGAACGGGAUAGAGAGCAUCGGCUUCGACGCGACGUUCCCCAGCUCGUACACGUUCGCCUCCGGGGUGAGCUUCAUGGCGUGCAAAGACCUGCGGUGGCACCUCUUCGGCGUGUCGAUCCCGUUCACGACGGCUAUCUCCGUGAUCUCGCCCGUCCCCGCGAUCCCGUUCUACGCCACCUUCGUCGGCGUGUUCUUCCACGUGGCGCUCGCCAGCGACCCGCCAUACCUCAACAACCCGUACGCCAUCGUCAGCCGCGCGCUCGCCGGCUUCCUCCCCGCAAUCUUCGUCGCCCACUUCAUAUGGCUGUACAUACUCAAGCGCUCGCACAAGCGCACGCCGGCCGUCGAGCGCUCCGUCCUCUACCUCGCGGGGCUGUGGGUCGGCGCGCUCACAAACAUCACCUUCGACAAGCUCAUUCCGAUCUCCCGCCUGACCGCCCGUGACCUGAACCAGCAGCCCGGCGCAAAAACCGCGCUCGCAAUCAUCAUCGUCGUGCUCAUCCUUCUCAUCUUGGGGCAAGUCUACUACUUGCGCCUGUGCGGACGACUCCCUUCAAUGGCAGGCCUGUACGCCUCCAUCGGCGCGUCCCUCGGCCUCCUCGCUGCCAUCCCGGGCACCAGCCUGCGGAUCCACCACUACAUCCUCGCACUGCUCCUACUCCCAGGCUGCAGCCUGCCCACGCGCCCUAGCCUCCUGUACCAGGGGAUCCUGGUCGGAUUGUUCAUCAACGGUGUCGCCCGCUGGGGUUUCGCCGGCGUCGUGGAGACACCGGAAAGCCUCAUCGGCGAUGGACUGUAUUACUCCAGUGUGCCGAAUAUCACUGCGCCGGAGGUUACACAGUGGAAUGUCACUCUCGGCCUCCCGACCCCGCCGGAGGGACUUACGGAUGGUGGACAGUACGGCGUUACUGGAGUGAGUGUGCUCGUUAAUGAUGUCGAGCGGUUUCAGUGGCGGAUGGGCGAGGGUGGGGAGGGGGAUGGUGGGGAUGGCGGGGAUGGCGGGGAUGGCGGGGAUGGCGGGGAUGGCGGGGAUGUGGAGGGCGGCGAGGGUGAGGGCGGGGAGAAGAGGGAGUUCACGUAUCAGAGACGACAGGGGGAAAGGAGCUAUGUUAGGAUGGCGUGGUUGACGAGGAGCGGAAGGACCAUGGAUUAUACCCGUGCUGGGGUCGUCGAGGGGAAUGGGACGUGGAGGGGGCCGGUGAGGGGGCAGAGUUAGGGGGUGGUAGAUAUUGUGGAUGGAUCAUGGAGGGAUGGAUGGAGGGAGGGAGAUGGCGGGUCCAUCGAGGGUUGCGUUGGAACUUGGAACUUGGGUAUCGUAUCGUAUAGUAUCGGGGGUAUCGUAUCGUAUCGUAUGGGCAUGGGUAAUGCCUGGAGCUAGAGCCUGGAGCCUGGAGCCUGGACACGAACACGGACACGGACAGGGACAUAGCUUUCUGGUCGCUUGUCAGAUUACCUGGCUGGACUGUACAAAUUGGCUGUACAAAUUGACUGUACGAACUGACUGUAUUGUACUGUACUCUAUAGUAGAAAUUGACGCUCCGUAGGUAGAUUUGGUUUGGUUUGGUUUUUUUUGUCUUGUUUGGUUUGGUUUGUUGGUCUGAGAUCAUAAGCAGGUACUCGCAUUUACAUGGAUAUCCCAUAGAGGAUAUGGCGGAG